GCACGGUCGCGGUCGAGAGUCGCACUUGGACCGUAUUGGAACCAGCGAGAACGACCGGGAUCCAUCGUCCAGAGCACUCAUUCCACGAGAACUCGCGCUAUUCCGCCCGACAAAACGAUGCUGAGGGAAACGAUUCUCGUUUUCGCGGCUUUGCUCGCGCUGGUCCACGCCACCGUAGUCAACAAGUGCGACGGCAGUGGGGACCCGUACGAGGAUCACAGUCGGGUUAACAUAAGCGGCUGCGACACGCCGCCGUGUCAACUGAAGCGCAGAACGAAGGCAACGUUCGAACAGAAGUUCACCGUCGACCAUGACGUCAAGAACGUUACGAACGCGGUGUACGCGAUCAUUCUGGGCGUUCCUUUGCCAUUCGUUGGCGUAGACGGGACCAGCGCGUGCGAGAGCAUCUUCAAUAUGGACGGAACCGCCGCCGGAUGCACGCUGAAGAAGGACGUCGAGUACAACUACAAACGGGAAUUCGAUGUGCUGCAAAUCUAUCCCACGCUUUCCGUGAAUAUUCAUUACGCGUUGAUGGAGGGAAACAACACGAUCACUUGUUUCGAAGUGCGUGCGAAGAUCAUCAAAUGAUAGGAGCUGCUCGAUCAUUUUGGGAGAGCUACCUCCGUGGUUUCCAGGAGCCGCGAAGCUGUGCCUCUAUAUACGAAAACAUCCGUACAAUAAGGUAGACAACGUGAAAGAGGGAGUGUUCGAUCAGGGAAAAGGAUUUUUCCACGAAUAGAACUAGUUUCACGUAGUCUUGUUUAUCGACGAGCUUAAACAGUAUAUAGUGCGUAAGCAUAAUUGUAAUUAGUAAUAAAAACCUUUUAUAGAUAA